AUGGCACCUAAUAAGCAAUGGAUGGAACUUAUUAAUGAUAGACUUGCUGAUGCUUACGUAGAUGGGGUGGAAUAUUUUUUAGAUUAUGCUUUUACAAGAUUGGGAGAACCACAAUUGAUACGUUGUCCCUGCAUCAAAUGUGGUAAUGCAACUUCUAGGACACGUGUUGUGGUUAGGUCACAUUUGAUAGUACAUGGGAUAAUACCAGGUUAUACUCUUUGGUAUCACCAUGGGGAGAGGUCAGGUGAAGCACAACCAGAUUCUGAAUUUAUACAUGAGAAUGACAUUGAAGACGGUGAUGGUGAGGAUGAAAUACAUGGGAUUUUGAGAGAUUUGUAUUAUAAUGGAGAUAAUAUGAACAAUAGUGGUGAGGAGGAACGAAAUAUUGAAGCAAAACGAUUUUAUAAGCUACUGGAGGAUUUUGAGAUGCCUUUAUAUGAAAGUGCAAAAGUUUCUAAAGUUUCUACUUUGGUUAAAUUGCUUCACAUUAAAAGUAUUGGUCAUUGGAGUAAUGAGUCAUUUACGAUGUUAUUAAAGUUUUUGAAAGAAGAUUUAUUGCUUGAUGGAACAAACUUGCCGAAUUCAUGUUACGAGGCAAAGAAGGUUAUUCGAGAUCUUGGUCUUUCUUAUAAGAAGGUUGAUGCGUGUAAGAAUGAUUGCAUGUUAUAUUGGAAGGAUGAUAAUUGUCUUGAAUCUUGCAAAGUUUGUGGGGCAUCCAGAUGGAAGGAGGAUAAACAUAGUGGGGAAACCAAAUUUAAAAGUGGAAAAAAGAUACCAUACAAGAUUUUACGUUAUUUUCCUCUAAAGCCCAGACUUCAAAGAUUAUUUAUGUGCUCAAAGACAUCUCCUCUUAUAUCAUGGCAUCAUGAUAAAAGAGUUGAUGAUGGGAUUAUGAGACACCCAGCUGAUUCAAUGGCAUGA